CGUCGAGUCCAAUUCACAGAACGAAUCGUCGCUGGCCGCCUGUCGUCGCUAAACAACAGGAUCGUCUUCCGAACAUGCGCCCAAUCAUACCUUGCACAGCCCCCCGGGCAAGUAAGGUCCUCUUCCCCCACCUCCGUCAACCACAACGGCCAGCAUCCACCGUCAGUGCCCGCGUGCAGCAAAUGACCACCACAGCAUCCCGGCACCCACCGUCGGACAGCCAACGGUCAGCGAUUCAAAAGUUCGCAGAGAGCAAUGAACUUCGCUUUCGGAACGAGGCGCUGCUGGUGGACGCGCUGACGCACUCUUCGUAUGCGUCACCUCACACUCCCUUGGAUAUUGAAAACAAGCGGUUAGCGUUCUUGGGGCUUAAGGUCCUACCGCUGUACGUUACGGAACAUAUCCGCACGCAGUUUCCAGACCUGCCAGCGGACGCCAUGGAAUCGGUCAUGAAGGCGUUCACAGGGCCAGAUGUUUUGAAGCAGAUUGGGACGAAAGUGGGGAUACCGAGCGCCGUGAGAGUCAAGGAACAGGCUCUGGGCAGUAGCACUCCCGCGUCCAUUUCGGGCCGCAUGUUGAUAUCACUGAUUGGGGCAAUAUAUCAGGACCAGGGGCCGCAAGCGGCACGGCAGUUUGUGGAGAAGCAUGUUCUCUCGAGAUCGGUCGAUGUGAGCAUACAUAGGAAGAUGCUGUACCCACGGACUUUGCUCGACACUAUCGUUAAGGAAUCUGGAGGCGCGAGGCCAGUAGCUGAAACGACCAAGGAGGCGGGAAUAGCAUCGGCCACACCGGUGUAUGGAGUCACACUAAAACUGGGCGAGAAGAAGAUUGGGGAGGGGUUCGGCAACACCGCCAAGAUGGCAGAAACACGGGCCAUCAAGCUUGCUUUACGCACACAUUACCACGCACAACUGCACAAGACCACGCUGCCAUCACAAAUAGAUGAGGAAGGAAUAACAUUUUUCCCCGCAUAAACCCGCAGGGCAUACAUACAACGGCCGCCCAUUACGCACCACCCAUCUCCAUUCCGCUUCAUAUUUAAGAGAAGAGAAUCUCGACCUAGGGUUUCUG